AUGUCUCUCCGUGUCGCUCCCCCGGCCACGCACCCAACCAGCACAUCGAACACCAGCGCCUCUAAACUCUCCUCGACGACGAGUGGCAAAGCCAGAGACAACCUCGACCGCGGUGCACCGUCCGCUCCGGGUCUGCACGACACCCUGCGCGCCUCCUUAUACCCGCAGUCGACAGCCAGCACACAGACGGUGACCUCGGCGCACCCCUUAGAAUCCCGGCUGGCGAACUGGCAAGCUACGCAGGAAGCUACGCGAAUGCAGCUGCUGCGGCGGAACUUUGGCAUCGCCGAGCCGCUGCGCCGGGGCAUGGAGCUCAAGCUGGUGCGGGAGGCGGACUCGUUCCGGCCCUCCGUUCUGGGCAGGCCGGCGGGCGUGCACGAGGAGAUCCUGACCGGCCGCGACGCCGAGAUCGCCUGGGAGGACGUUUACGCAGGUCAAGACGGGCUGCGGUUGGCGGUUCAGGGCAGUGACGGGCAGGGGGUCGGCUGGAUGGAGGAGAUGGAGCGCAAGGUCGGCAUGGGCAAGUGGUGA